CAUGGAUGCACCGUUGCAUGCAUCGGGUGUUGCAUGGAUUGGGUGCUGCGUGGAUGCAACAUUGCAUGCAUUGGGUGUUGCAUGGAUUGGGCGCUGCGUGGGUGCACCGUUGCAUGCAUUGGGUGUUGCAUGGAUUGGGUGCUGUGUGGAUGCAACGUUGCAUGGAUUGCGUGUUGCAUGGAUUGGGCGCUGCGUGGAUGCACCGUUGCAUGCAUUGUGUGUUGCAUGGAUUGGGUGCUGUGUGGAUGCAACGUUGCAUGCAUCGGGUGUUGCAUGGAUUGGGUGCUGCGUGGAUGCAACGUUGCAUGCAUUGGGUGUUGCAUGGAUUGGGUGCUGCAUGGAUGCAACGGUGCAUGGAUUGGGUGCUGCGUGGAUGCAACGGUGCAUGGACUGGGUGCUGCAUGGCCGCAACGCUGCAUGGGGGGAGCAUUGCAUGCAUGGACUGGGUGCUGCAUGGAUGCAAUGUUGCAUGGACUGGGUGCUGCGUGGGUGCAGGGUUGCAUGCAUUGGGUGUUGCGUAGAUGCAACGUUGCAUGGAUUGGGUGUUGCAUGGAUUGGGUGCUGCGUGGAUGCAACGUUGCAUGCAUUGGGUGUUGCAUGGAUUGGGUGCUGCGUGGAUGCACCGUUGCACGCAUUGGGUGUUACAUGGAUGCAACGGUGCAUGGAUUGGGUGUUGCGUGGGUGCAACGGUGCAUGGAUUGGGUGUUGCGUGGAUGCAACGGUGCAUGGAUUGGGUGCUGCAUGGAUGCAACAGUGCAUGGAUCGGGUGCUGCGUGGAUGCAACGGUGCAUGGAUUGGGUGCUGCGUGGAUGCAAUGGUGCAUGGAUUGGGUGCUGCAUGGAUGCAACGGUGCAUGGAUUGGGUGCUGCAUGGGUGCGACGGUGCAUGGAUUGGGUGUUGCAUGGAUGCAAUGUUGCAUGGAUUGGGUGCUGCGUGGGUGCGACGGUGCAUGGAUUGGGUGCUGCAUGGAUGCAGCAUUGCACGCACAGAGUGGUGCAUGGGUGUGGCUGUGCAUGCAUGCAGUGUUGCAUGCAUAGAGUGGUGCAUGGAUUGGGUGUUGCAUGGGUGGAGCGUUGCAGGGAUGCAGCGGUGCAUGGGUGGAGCGUUGCAUGGGUUGGGCAAUCGCAUGGAUGCAGCGUUUGUGGGGGUGCAGCGCUGCAUGGGGGAAGCAUUGCAUGCAUGGAUUGGGUGUUGCAUAGAUGCAACGUUGCAUGCGUAGAGUGGUGCAUGGUUUGGGUGUUGCAUGCAUAGAGCGGUGCAUGGAUUGGGCGUUGCAUGGGUGGAGAGUUGCAUGGAUGCAGCGGUGCAUGGAUGGAGCGUUGCACGCAUGGAUUGGGUGUUGCAAGGGUGCAGCAGUGUAUGGAUGGAGCAUUGAAUGCAUGGAGUGGUGCGUGGGUGCAGCAGUGCAUGCAUGGAUUGGGUGUUGCAUGCAUGGAGUGAUGCAUGGGUGUUGUGGUGCAUGGAUGCAGUGGUCCAUGGAUGGAGUGCUGCAUGCAUGGAGUGAUGCAUGGGUGUAGCUGUGCAUGCAUGCAGUGUUGCAUGCAUAGAGCGUUGCAUGGAUACAGUAGUGCAUGGGUGGAACAUUGCAUGGGCAGAGUGUUGCACUCAUGGAUUGGGUGCUGCAUGGGUGGAGUGAUGCAUGGAUUCAGCAGUGAAUGCAUGGACUGGGUGUUGCAUGGCUGCAAUGGUGCAUGGGUGGAGGGCUGCAUGCAUGGAGUGAUGCAUGGGUGCAGCAGCGCAUGCACGGAUUGUUGCAUGGAUGCCGUGGAGCAUGGAUGGAGCGUUGCAUGGGCGGAGCAGUGCAUGCAUGGAUUGGGUGUUGCAUGGAUGGAGUGGUGCAUGGGCAGAGCGUUGCAUGGAUGCAGCGUUUGUGGGGGUGCAGCGGUGCAUGGGUGGAGCAGUGCAUGCAUGGAUUCGGUGCUGCAUGGGUGCAGCAUUGCAUGGACAGAGCGUUGCAUGCAUGGAGUGGUGCAGGGUCGCAUGCAUGGAUUGGAUGUUGCACCAAUGCAGCACUGCAUGCAUGGAGUGCUGCAUGGGCAGAGCAUUGCAUGCAUGGACUGGGUGUUGCACAGAUGCAGAACUGCAUGGAUGGAGCAUUGAAUGCACAGUGUGGUGCGUGGCUGCAGUGGUGCAUGCAUGGAUUGGGGCUGGGUGUUGCACAGAUGCAGCAUUGCAUGCAUGGAUGGAGUGUUGCAUGCAUAGAUAAGGUGUUGCAAGGAUGCAGUGUUGCAUGGGUGGGGCUUUGCAUGCAUGGAGUGGCACGUGGGUGCAGCAGUGAAUGCAUGGACUGGGUGUUGCAUGGAUGCAGCGGUGCAUGGAUGGAGCAUUGUAUGCAUGGAGCGUGGGGUGCCCUCUUAGAUCCCCAUUGGGGUGCCAUUAGGUUCCCAUCGGGGUGCCCACUCCAAUACCCAUUGGGGUGCUAUUAGGAUUCCCAUUGGGGUGCCCUCUCAGAUACCCAUUAGGGUUCCCAUUAGGUGCCCACUGGGGUGCCCUCUCUGAUACCCAUUGGGAUUCCCAUUGGGGUGCCCCCUAGGAUUCCCAUUGGGGUGCCAUUGGGAUUCCCAUUGGGGUGCCCUCUCUGAUACCCAUUAGGAUUCCCAUUGGGAUGCCCCCUAGGAUACCCAUUGGGGUGCCAUUAGGUUUUCCAUUAAGAUUCCCAUUGGGAUUCCCAUUGGGGUGCCCCCUAAGAUUCCCAUUGGGAUGCCCUCUCAGAUUCCCAUUGGGGUGCCAUUGGGAUUCCCAUUGGGGUGCCAUUAGGUUUCCCAUUGGGAUGCCCCCUAGGAUUCCCAUUGGGGUGACAUUAGGUUUCCCAUUGGGGUACCAUUAGGAUUCCCAUUGGGGUCCCCUCUCAGAUACCCAUUGGGGUACCAUUAGGAUUCCCAUUGGGGUGCCAUUGGGAUUCCCAUUUGGGUACCAUUAGGUUUCCCAUUGGGAUGCCCUCUCAGAUACGCAUUGGGGUGCCAUUGGGAUUCCAAUUGGGGUGCCCAUUGGGAUGCCCUCUCAAAUAUCCAUUGGGGUUCCCACUCAAAUACCCAUUAGGGUGCCAUUGGGAUUCCCAUUGGGGUUCCCAUUGGGACGCCCACUAGGAUUCCUAUUGGGGUACCAUUAGGUUUCCCAUUGGGUUUCCCAUUGGGAUUCCCAUUGAGGUGCCCACUCAGAUCCCCAUUGGUGUGCUAUUAGGUUUCCCACUGGGUGCCCACUCAGAUACCCAUUGGGGUACCAUUAGGAUUCCCAUUGGGGUGCCCCCUAGGAUCUCCAUUGGGGUGCCAUUAGGUUUCCCAUUGGGGUGCCCUCUCAGAUACCCAUUGGGAUUCCCAUUGUGAUGCCCCCUAGGAUUCCCAUUGGGGUACCAUUAAGUUCCCCAUUGGGUGCCCACUCAGACACUCAUUGGGGUGCCAUUAGGUUUCCAUUAGGAUUCCCAUUUGGGUGCCAUUAAGAUUCCCAUUGGGGUGCCCAUAGGGAUGCCCACUCCAAUCCCCACUGGGGUGCUAUUAGGUUUCCCAUUGGGGUGCCCAUUCAGAUACCCAUUAGGGUUCCCAUUGGGUGCCCACUGGGGUGCCCUCUCUGAUACCCAUUGGGGUGCCAUUGGGAUUCCUAUUUGGGUGCCCACUCAGAUACCCAUUGGGUGCCCAUUGGGUUGCCCCCUAGGAUCCCCAUUUGGGUGCCAUUAGGAUUCCCAUUAGUGUGCCCAUAGGGAUGCCCACUAGGAUACCCAUUGGGGUGCCAUUAGGUUUCCCAUUGGGAUUCCCAUUGGGAUGCCCCCUAGGAUUCCCACUGGGGUGCUAUUAGGAUUCCCAUUAGGGUGCCCAUUGGGGUGCCAUUAGGUUUCCCACUGGGGUGCCAUUAGGAUUCCCAUUGGGGUUCCCAUUGUGGUGCUCUCUCAGAUACCCAUUAGGGUGCCCACUCUGAUACCCAUUGGGGUGCCAUUAGGAUUCCCAUUAGGGUGCCAUUAGGAUUCCCAUUGGGAUGCCCUCUCAGAUACCCAUUAGGGUGCCCCCUAGGAUUCCCAUUGGGGUGCCAUUGGGAUUCCCAUUAGGUUUCCCAUUGGGGUGCCCUCUCAGAUACCCAUUGGGGUGCCAUUAGGAUUCCCAUUGGGGUGCCAUUAGGUUUCCCAUUGGGGUGCCCACUCAGAUACCCAUUAGGGUGCCCACUCUGAUACCCAUUGGGGUGCCAUUAGGAUUCCCAUUAGGUUUCCCAUUGGGGUGCCCACUCAGACACCUAUUGGGGUGCCAUUGGGAUUCCCAUUGGGGUGCCCACUCAGAUACCCAUUGGGAUUCCCAUUGGGGUGCCCCCUAGGAUUCCCAUUGGGGUGCCAUUAGGAUUCCCAUUAGUGUGCCCAUAGGGAUGCCCACCAGGUUUCCCAUUGGGGUGCCUCCUAGAUUGGGGUACCAUUAGGUUCCCCAUUGGGUGCCCACUCAGACACUCAUUGGGGUGCCAUUAGGUUUCCAUUGGGGUUACCAUUAGGGUGCCCCCUAGGAUCCCCAUUGGGGUGCCAUUAGGUUUCCCAUUGGGAUUCCCAUUGGGAUGCCCAUAGGGAUGCCCACUCAAAUACCCAUUAGGGUGCCAUUGGGAUUCCCAUUGGGGUUCCCAUUAGGGUGCCCACUCUGAUACCCAUUGGGGUGCCAUUAGGAUUCCCAUUGGGAUGCCCUCUCAGAUACCCAUUAGGGUGCCCACUCUGAUACCCAUUGGGGUGCCAUUAGGUUUCCCAUUGGGGUUCCCAUUGGGAUGCCCACUCAGAUACCCAUUGGGGUGCCAUUAGGUUUCCCAUUGGGGUUCCCAUUGGGGUUCCCAUUGGGAUGCCCUCUCAAACACCCAUUGGGGUGCCAUUAGGAUUCCCAUUGGGAUGCCCUCUCAGAUACCCAUUAGGAUGCCAUUGGGAUUCCUAUUGGGGUACCAUUGGGAUGCCCACUCAGAUACCCAUUGGGGUGCCAUUAGGUUUCCCAUUGGGGAGCCCUCUCAGAUACCCAUUGGGGUGCCAUUAGGAUUCCCAUUAGGGUGCCAUUAGGAUUCCCAUUGGGGUUCCCAUUGGGAUGCCCUCUCAGAUACCCAUUAGGGUGCCCACUCUGAUACCCAUUGGGGUGCCAUUAGGAUUCCCAUUAGGAUUCCCAUUGGGGUGCCCACUCAGACACCUAUUGGGGUGCCAUUAGGAUUCCUAUUGGGGUGCCCACUCCUACCCACUGGGGUGCCAUUAGGUUUCCCAUUGGGUGCCCACUGGGGUGCCCACUCCUACACCCAUUGGGGUGCCAUUAUGUUUCCUAUUGGGGUUUCCCUUUGGGAUGCCCAUUGGGGUGCCUAUUGGGGUGCCCAUAGGGAUUCCCACUCAAAUACCCAUUGGGGUACCAUUGGGAUUCCUAUUGGGGUGCCCACUGGGAUGCCCUCUCAAACACCCAUUGGGGUGCCAUUAGGUUUCCCAUUAGGGUGCCCACUGGGGUGCCCAUAGGGAUGCCCACUCAAAUACCCAUUAGGUUGCCACUGGGAUUCCCAUUGGGGUUCCCAUUGGGGUGCCCACUCUGAUACCCAUUAGGGUGCCCACUGUGAUACCCAUUGGGGUGCCAUUAGGAUUCCCAUUAGGGUGCCCACUGGGGUGCCCACUCAUACCCUUUGGGGUGCCAUUGGGAUUCCCAUUAGGGUGCCCACUCAGAUACCCAUUGGGUGCCCAUUGGGAUGCCCCCUAGGAUCCCCAUUGGGGUGCCCACUCUGAUACCCAUUGGGGUGCCAUUAGGAUUCCCAUUAGGUUUCCCAUUGGGGUGCCAUUGGGAUUCCUAUUUGGGUGCCCACUCCUACCCACUGGGGUGCCAUUAGGUUUCCCAUUGGGAUUCCCAUUGGGGUGCCCAUUGGGAUGCCCUCUCAAACACCCAUUGGGGUACUCUUAGGUUUUCCAUUAGGGUGCCCACUGGGGUGCCCACUCCUACCCACUGGGGUGCCAUUAGGUUUCCCAUUGGGGUUCCCAUUGGGAUGCCCACUCAGAUACCCAUUGGGGUGCCAUUAGGAUUCCCAUUGGGGUGCCCACUCAGAUACCCAUUAGGGUGCCCACUCUGAUACCCAUUGGGGUGCCAUUAGGAUUCCCAUUAGGAUUCCCAUUGGGGUGCCCACUCAGACACCUAUUGGGGUGCCAUUGGGAUUCCUAUUGGGGUGCCCACUCCUACCCACUGGGGUGCCAUUAGGUUUCCCAUUAGGGUUCCUAUUGUGUCGCUAUAGGGCUGUUCCCCCCCCCAUUGCCACCCUCAGUGCCACCCUUUGCCGUCCCAGCCCUGAGUCAAUAUUGACUCAGUGGGGUGUGGGGGGAGGAGGAAGAGGACAAUGUGUGGGGUGGGGGUUGGGGGGGCACCCUAUAGGGCUGGAUUCACUAUGGGGACGGAGCUGCCCCAUAGCGGGGGGGGGUGUCAGUGUUCCGGAUGGCUGGCACCCAUGGGUGCGUGAACAGGACAUCCUGUCCACCCCAUCCCCCUCCCUAUGGGGCACGGCCCGCAUGGCUGCCCCAUAAGUAGACGUGGCACAACCCCAUUGUCACCUGAUGGGACACCCCCACCCCCCCCAUGGGGAUUUAUGGGGCACAAUGGGGUCCCCACUCAGCUCU